AGCCUCCGUGCGUUGUUGGCGUUCCAGAAUUAGACCCAGCGAAAUUGGACGGUACCUGCAGCCUGCAGCAGGAAGGUUGUGCUGACGGGGGGGUUGAUGACUUGUACUCGAGUAACUAGUCAGGGGAAACAAAGUGACAGGAGAGAUGCGCGACCGGGAGAUGUACAGUACAGUAGUAAAAAAAAAAGAUUCGAGAACACAGUGAAGAACCCCUGGAGAAUGGACCAGAUCCGUUGGUGCGAUCAUGAAUUAAUUAAUUUAAUUAAUCUUCAAUUGAUCAGGGGCAGACGAGACAGACAGACAGACAGAAAAGAGGGAGAGCAAAUAGAGAGCGAUGAGAGAGAGAGAGAGACAUGGAUGGACAGCAGGAGGGUCGUCAUCUCCGGACCACUGGGCACCAAGUCAGCCAACCCUCAUUUGCGGCUGUGGCUCCACGGGGGAGACUUGUCACUCAGUCUUGGGAGGGACUGAUUAUUGGACAGGCAAAUCCACUGGGAUCCACCGGCAAUGAAGAUUCCAGGGCCAACAGGCACAAUUAAUCCCUCAUUGGAUGCGCAGGGUGCUAUUCUCAGUGGUGGGUGGCCCCGUUGGAGCGGGACUAGGGCUGCUGUUAGGCCUUUCACUUGUUGCCAGUCUUACUGAGGGCUCCGUUCUAGACCCAAGCAAUUCAUUCACAAUCAUCCACCCACGGGCAUUGCUUUCUCCCGCUC